UGGAUUAAGGGGCAGGCCUACGGCGGGGUGACGCCCUGCGCUCUCGGUAGCUCCGAGCUGUACGGGGAUCUGUCUCUCCGCUGUGGACCGUAGAAAGACAGUCGGUACCAUCGUACCGGGCUUUUUGACGGUGGAAGUAGGCUAUCCCAGCAGCCAGAGCUCAGGGGCGGCCGGUGGGAGGAGGCAGAGAGUCUGCAGUUGCUGUAACGCACAGUCUCUUUGACAGCCGCAAGAAGAAGGAGCCAACCGCGCCAACCAAUGUCUACGGAGCUGUGUGACGGCCUGGAUCUCGACAGGUUGGGAGAGCAGAGCGCUGACGGAACGAUCCGACUGGCAGACGCCUGCAGCGGCACAGUGGGUAGCAACAUGGCAUCCAUAGCAGAAUACUACGCUGGCAAGAGUGUGCUGAUCACAGGGGCUACCGGCUUCAUGGGAAAAGUGCUGGUGGAGAAGCUGCUGCGUUCAUGCCCCGAGGUCAAAGCCCUCUACAUCCUGGUCAGGCCCAAAGCCAGGCAGUCCAUGCAGCAGAGAGUCUCCGACAUGAUGAAGUGCAAGCUGUUUGACCGAGUGAGGGAGGACAACCCUGACUUCCACAAGAAAAUCAUCCCCAUCAGCAGCGAGCUGAUGCAGCCGGGCCUGGCCAUCAGCCCUGAGGAUGUGGAGAAGCUCACCGCCUGCAUCAACAUAGUCUUCCACUGCGCUGCAACCAUCCGCUUCGAUGAGCCGCUCAAGCAUGCCCUGCAGCUGAAUGUGAUCGCCACCCAGCAGCUCCUCAGCCUGGCCCAGCAGAUGAAGCACCUCGAGGCCUUCAUUCACAUCUCCACCGCCUAUGCAAACUGCAACCGCAAGCACAUCGAUGAGGUCAUCUACCCACUGCCUGUUGAGCCCAAGAAGCUCAUCGAGUCUCUUGAGUGGAUGGAUGAUGCCAUUGUGCGGGACAUCACACCGCGGCUCAUCGGCGACAGGCCCAACACGUACACCUACACCAAAGCCCUGGCCGAGUGCGUGGUGCAGCAGGAGCAGCACAGAAUCAACAUCGGCAUCAUCAGACCCUCCAUAGUGGGAGCCAGCUGGCAGGAGCCUUUCCCUGGUUGGAUCGACAACUUCAACGGACCCAGCGGAGUCUUUAUAGCUGCUGGUAAGGGGAUCCUGCGAACCAUAAGAGCCAGCAAUGAUGCGGUGGCUGACCUGAUCCCCGUGGAUAUGGUCAUCAACCUCACCCUGGCUGCUGGCUGGUACACUGCUGUGCACAGACCUAAAACAGCUCUGGUGUACAACUGUACAACUGGAGGCAUCAAUCCGUUCCACUGGGGAGAGGUUGAGCACCACGUGAUGUCGUCCUUCAAGAGGAACCCUCUGGAGCAGGCUUUCCGCAGGCCCAAUGCCAACAUCACCUCCAACUACCUGAUCAACCAGUAUUGGAUCUUGGUCAGCCACAAGUUCCCUGCCUUCAUCUAUGACCUCUUCCUGCGUCUCUCUGGACAGAAACCUCAGAUGAUGCGUAUAUUUAAUCGCCUGCACAAGGCCAUCGGCCUGCUGGAGUAUUUCAGCAACCAGGACUGGGUCUGGAACUCUGAGAACAUGAGCAUGCUGAUGAGCCAGCUAACACCUGAGGACAGGAAGACAUUUAACUUUGACGUGCGCCAGCUGAACUGGCCUGAGUACAUUGAAAAUUACUGCAUCGGCACCAAGAAAUAUUGGAUUAUUUUAGACCUUGUUCAAUAUGUCCUGACUUACUCCUUCUCUCCCAGGCUGAGGAACAUCCGCUAUACCUUCAACACUCUGCUGGUCGUUUUCAUCUGGAGGGUGUUUAUCGCCCGCUCCCAGAUGGCCAGAAACAUCUGGUACUUUGUGGUCAGCCUCUGUUUCAAGUUCCUCUCCUACUUCCGUGCAUCCAGCACCUUAACCAACUGAGUCUUCCUCUCUCUGCCUCAAGCCAGAGACAUCAGCUCUCCCUUGCCCUCAGCUGUCAGCAGGACAAAACAUCUGAGACUCUGACAUUCACUAAGGACAUUCCAAAUUCUCCUUUAGUGCGGAUUAGCAGGGCUCUCUGCAGGUGGGGGCCGCAGCCGUGUGAAGUUCUCAGAAGGGGAAAAAGGUCUACUAGCCAUGAAUUAUUUGUUUGUAUUGGAAAUCUGUCAUUAGUACCUGCUCUGUUCAGUCAGACCCCGUCCAUUCAUUUUCUACCUGCUGUUUUCUUCUCAAAGUGGCCAAUUAUAUAUGCAACAACUUCCAUGUUCCUUUUCACAGCAGUGUUUCUGUCCUGUUAAAUUACAUUGUCUUGCCUUGUGAUGAUUUUUUUUUUCCAUUCUUGAAACAUGGCAGCGUCUCAAUGGAGGAGAGUUUCUAUAAGGUCAUUUGGGUUCUGUGUUUUUCCUGUGGAGAUGCCCAGUUCCUCUUUAACACGCAGGUGAUUUGGAUAUCUGUACGUCUGCUGCCUUGAAGGUUGACUGGUGGUUACCUGCCUCAAGGCCAAUCUAGAUUAUUGAGACUAGUGUUAGAGCUGAAAUCUGACCAUCACUGCAGAUACUGAAACAUAACGGUCUGCCAUCUUUCCUGCUGUUGAGGUUGUCACUUAUUUACCAUCACAAAUGUCAGUAUGUCUUUGAACCUUGCUUGUGUGAAUGCUCAUCCACAUUUUGCCUAUUUGUACAGCAGUUUGUACUGAAACUAAGUUUACUACUUUUACAUCUUUAUACUUGCAUCAAAGACUAGUCUGAUUAUAUGUGGUAGACCUUGUAUUAUAUGUAUAUCAGAGUCAAGUUUAUUUGUAUAGCCCAGUGUCCCGUACACUGUCUCCCAAAAGUGUUUUGAGACCAACUCUCCCAAACCCUUAGCAGAUGAAGGGGAAGCUCCUUAGAUGACUGAGGAUGAAAUUGAAGUGGAAAAAUUGCAGAUUAAUUUACGAGAUUACAGAUUAAUUCUAAUCCAACUGUGGGAUUGUAAAAGAUCCCCUGAUAAAAUUAAGUUGUCCAAGCAGUGGGUGCAGUUGCAAAACGUCACGCUUUAAUCAGUCUUCUUACCAGUUGGGUAUAAAAGACUUCCAAACAGUUUCCCAAGUUGCAAUUGUAUUGUAAACCACACACAAUGGCACCUGCUACUUGGGUAGAAAACAGUUGCAACUUGUAAAAAGGUCAAUGGACAGAAUAGUUUUGAGGGUUCAGGAAAUCCUUUAAUUAUAGUUAUGUUGUUAAUUGACCAUCUGGCUUUUUCAAAUACAGUGGGGAAAGGGAUUAUUUGAUCCCCUGCUGAUUUUGUAGGUUUGCCCACUUACAAAGAAAUGAAGGGUCUAUCAUUUUUAUCAGGUUUAUUCUAAAGGAUAGCGACAGAAUUUCAACAAAACCAAAAUCUUGAAAAAGCACAUGAUACAAAUGUUAUAAACUGAGUUGCAUUUUAGUGAGUAAAAUAAGUAUUUGAUCCCCAAGCAAAACAUGACUUAGUACUUGGUGGAGAAACCCUUGUUGGCCAGCACAGAGGUAAGACGCUUCUUAGCUGGUCACCAGGUUUGUGCACAUCUCAGGAGGGAUUUUGGUUCACUCCUCUUUAGAUUGCCUCUAAAUCUUUAAGGUUUCUUGGCUGUCGCUUGGCAACUUGAAGUUUCAGCUCCCUCUGUAGAUUUUCAAUAGGAUUAAGGUCUGGAGACUGGCUAGGCCACUCCAUGACCUUAAUGUGCUUCUUCUUGAGCCACGCCUUUGUUGCCUUGGCCGUAUGUUUUGGGUCAUUGUCAUGCUGGAAGAGCCAUCCGUGACUCAUCUUCAGUGUCCUGGCUGAGGGAAGGAGGUUCUCAUCCAAGAUUUUACAAUACACAGCCCUGUCCAUUGGCCCUCAAUGCUGUGGUCCCAACUGCCUUGAGAUCAUUCACAAGCUCCUCCCGUGUAGUUCUGGCCUGAUCCCUCACUUUUCUCAUGAUCAUCCUUACCCCAUGAGCUGAACUCUUGCAUGGAGCUCCAGACCGAGGACGAUUGAUGGUUAGUUUGUAUUUCUUCCAUUUAUGAAUAAUCACUCCAGCAGUUGUCUCCUUCUCACCAAGCUUCUUGCUGAUGGUCUUGUAGUCCAUUCCAGCCUUGUGCAGGUUGUCUACAAUCUUGUCCCUGACUUCCUUUGACAGCUCUUUGGUCUUGCCCAUGGCGGUGAGGUUUGAAUGGAAGAUGGAGAAACUCUGUGGACAGGUGUCUUUUAUAUACAUAAGUUGUUGUUAGGAGCACCUUCUUAUGCUGACAGGUCUAAUCUGUGCACCACAUGAGCACAUAUCCAGUCUGUGGGAGCCAGAAUUAUUGUUGGUUGGUAGGGGAUCAAUUACUUAUUUUACUCACUGAAAUCCAACUUAAUUUAUAACAUUUGUAUCAUGCUUUUUCAGGAUUU